AUGUCCGCAUUAUUCAAUUUUAAGGCUUUACUACAAGUGCUUCUUCUUCUCAUAUGUUCGUGCACAUAUAUCCACACCCAGUGGCCGUCGAUCCUGGAUCGCUAUAAGGCACAUGGAGUUUACGGAGCAUUUUGGAAGAUGGCACGCAUCGGAGAAAGGGCUAGUCCCUACGUAAGUUUGGCCUGCAUCAUCAUGGCCGUCAACCAACUGAACAGUUGA